CCAAGAGAGACCGGAGGCAGCAGCCAGUCUUCUGCAGCAACACUGAGGGCGAUCCCAGGUCCAAGUGGUCCAGCCUGCCACCCGGAGCACAGCAGAGUGUGUUAUGAUGUCAUCCUUGGCUAAAGAUAAACUGUUUCCUGCACUGAGGAAAAGAGGGAGUGUGUCCUCCCCAAGUAAUCACGAGUUCCGACAGAAGGAGGGUCAUUGGCACGUCAGACAUUCCGACAGUACUGUGUCCCACGCAGAUGAGCCCAGCCGGCCUGAUGAAGCCUCCCGCCUUACAGUUCGCAUGGAAAACACCUACCAGUUAGGUCCCACGAAACAUUUUCCCGUGGCCACUGUCAAUCGAAUUUUGAAAGACGUGCUAACUGCCCAUCUACAAGAAGCAGAAUAUGACCCCGAGUUCUGCAGAGAGAUGACUAAAACCAUUUCUGAGGUUAUUAAAGCCCGGGUCAAAGAAUUAAUGAUUCCCCGGUAUAAACUAAUUGUGACUGUUUACAUUGGACAACAAGAUGGUCAGAGCAUACUUAUUGGCAGCAGGUGCCUCUGGAAUCCUAAAAGUGAUACUGUUUCGUCCUACACUUUCAGAAAUUCUACUCUCUUUGCACUUGCAAAUGUCUAUGCAGUUUACUUUGAGUAACUGAAAAUGAGAAGAAUGGUCCCGGUAUCUUAAAAUCGUCCAACAGGCUGUGUCUCUCUAUCCACAAAAGUUCUACAGGCAAACCCGUGAGACAGAAACAAGACGGGCAUCACCAACAACUGGAAGUUUCCAUCACUCUCGUGAGGACUUGUGGAGGGGAGCCCAGGAAAGAACCUUGUUUCUCCAAAACAGACGUUGAAUGUAGUCCACAUAAACAUAGAUGCUGACUAAAUAUUACUUUGGGUAAUAAUUGAUUUCUCUUUUAGUUGGAGAGAAAGAAGUCCCUGGACCACUUUUUGAUAAGAUUCUAGAAAUAUAUGG